AUUUUUCAUCUUCACGAAGUUCUUCGUCUGGAGGCUUUUCAUCUGGAAGCCUUUCAUCUGGAAGCCUUUCAUCUGGAAACUCUUCAUCUGGAAGUUUUUCAUCUUCAUUUUUAGAAAAUUCCAGUCUCAACUCCAUUGCAACAACUGAAGAUAACUCAUCGAAUAUAGUCAUAAGAUAUAUGCAAGGCGAGAAGGGUCAGAAAGGAGACCCAGGAAGAGAUGGUAGAGAUGGUCAGAGUGGAUUGCCAGGACCACCAGGACAUGUAUUCAUGAUACCAAUUAAUCAGGCGCUUGGGAACGACAAAGGACCUGAUUCUCAAGUGGAGACGUUCAGACACAUGUUGACACAACACAUAUCAGCCAUGAGGGGUGUUGAUGGUCCGAUGGGACUCACAGGAUUGCCAGGACCGCAAGGACCACCUGGGUUGGAAGGUAGUAAGGGCGAACCUGGAGAUGCUGGAGAACCAGGUCCAAGAGGACUUCGUGGGGCAAUGGGGCCUCCUGGUCGUGAGGGUAGACGUGGUAGAGCUGGUAGAGAUGGCGAUAGAGGUGUCUCAGGUCCAAUGGGCGCUAAAGGAGAGCCGGGGAUGCCUGGAAUGAUGGGAAUUCGUGGUUUAAAAGGCGACAGGGGCAAAAUAGGACCCACAGGGCCAAAGGGACAGCCUGGUCAUACUGGAAUUCAAGGAGAAGAUGGUCCUCCUGGUCUUCCAGGAUUGAUUGGCGAGACAGGUCCUCGUGGUUUUCCGGGAUCUAGAGGAUUUCCAGGCCCACCGGGUACUCCUGGUAUUCCAGGCACCGAAGGUCCAAUUGGAGCAAAGGGAAAUGAGGGUGCAACUGGACAACCAGGACCUCCUGGCUUAUUUGGCGAUAAGGGACCGAUUGGUAUGCCUGGAGCACCAGGAAAUCCUGGUCCCCCAGGAGUUGCUGGCCCUCCAGGAAAGCCAGGAAUCCCUGGAUUGAUAGGCGUUGAAGGCACAGCUGGGCGACCGGGAAAUCCUGGCCAAACUGGUCAAAAGGGUCAUACUGGUGUGCCAGGAAUGCAGGGACCAAUAGGUUUUCCUGGCCAGAGGGGCGUGAAAGGUGAUGAAGGAUCUCGAGGAUUGCCUGGUGACAGAGGCGACAAGGGAGAUAAAGGCACAGAUGGCGAAAAGGGUAACCUCGGAGUGACAGGCGAUAGAGGCAUUCCAGGUCAAGUUGGAUUACCAGGCAUUGAAGGCCCUGAAGGACCGAAGGGUUAUGAAGGACCGCGCGGGGAAACAGGCCUUUUAGGCUCUCCUGGGCCUCCAGGGAAACAGGGAUUGCAGGGACCGCCAGGAUAUCCUGGACUCAUCGGCGAAAAAGGAGACAAAGGCGCUACAGGGGCUCAAGGAAGUCAAGGCAUCAAAGGAGAGAGAGGACACAUUGGAAUUGCUGGCGAACGUGGCGAAAUGGGUCCAAGAGGAAUGCGAGGAGCUCGAGGCCGAGCUGGUCCAGAAGGUGUUCCUGGUGCUAAAGGUGAUACAGGACAACCUGGCCCACCUGGUCCGUCGGGUCAGCUUGGAAAUCAGGGGCCGGAGGGUCCUAGAGGGUAUAUAGGAUUGCCAGGACCACAAGGAGUUGAUGGGAAAGAUGGAAUUGUCGGUCCACCUGGUGAAAGAGGUCCUCCGGGCAUCCCAGGGACACAGGGACCUCCAGGUAGUAUAGGAGUAAUUGGUCCUCCUGGGCAAGUGGGUGAGCCAGGGCCUCAGGGUGAGGCUGGGCAGCCGGGAGUGCCUGGAAUGACAGGAGAAGCGGGUUUACCAGGAGAUGUAGGCAAAGAAGGUCCACCAGGUCAUCCAGGGCCAAUGGGAAAGCCCGGUGAUAUAGGUCCUGCUGGCUUACCAGGAUUUCCAGGCGAAAGAGGACACACCGGACAACCGGGAUUUCCCGGAUUGAAGGGCGAAAUCGGCCUCACGGGUUUACCAGGAUUGCCAGGUGAUAAAGGACAACAAGGCACAGGAGGAAAAGAGGGCCCUCCUGGACCUGAAGGUCGAGCUGGACCUCCAGGACCGGCGGGUGCGCCCGGUGCUAAGGGAGAAGUUGGAUAUAAAGGAGCAGUUGGCCCAAUGGGAAGGGAUGGCGUGAUGGGACCAAGAGGAGUUCCCGGUCCUGCUGGGCCUAUUGGACCACCUGGUGAGGAUGGAGAUAAGGGUGAAAUGGGACCGCCUGGCGAGAAGGGAUUCAAAGGCAGUCAAGGCGAGGCUGGCCCUAUGGGUUCAGACGGGCCGAUAGGACUUCGGGGAGAGCCUGGACCUGUAGGGGCGCCUGGUGAAAAGGGCCCUCCUGGGGAUAUUGGCCAUAGAGGGUUAAAAGGAGAAGAUGGGCCUCUCGGAUUGGCCGGACCUCCAGGUCCUGUGGGCUCCCAAGGAUUUCCAGGAAUUCCUGGUGACAAGGGUGAAAAGGGUGACGAUGGGGUAGGAGGUCUAAUUGGACCUCCUGGGCCACCUGGUGAGAUGGGAAGGCGUGGAUUGAGAGGUGCUGAAGGGCCUAGAGGUCGUCCGGGCUUACAAGGGCUUCAAGGAAAAACAGGUGAAGCCGGUCCAGUGGGAGCACCUGGUCCAGUGGGACUUCCUGGCAAAGAGGGCGAAAGAGGUGCAGUAGGACCGAAAGGCGAGGAGGGAAAAUCAGGCGUUCCUGGGCCGCCGGGAAAGCCUGGUCCUCAGGGUAUUGAAGGAUCUAAGGGACCACCAGGAGUUACAGGAUUUCCUGGAAAUCCUGGAGAACCUGGUUCACCGGGAUUUAAAGGAGAACCUGGAAAGCCUGGUGAUGAUGGUACGCCUGGAGAACCUGGAUUGCCUGGAGAAAUGGGUCCAAUGGGGAAGCAGGGUGACCAAGGAGCACCUGGCCGGCAGGGUGUUGAAGGAAUUGCUGGUAUUCAAGGUGGGCCGGGUUUACCAGGUGAGAAAGGAGACAUUGGAUUGCCAGGAGCGCCAGGGAAUAUAGGAAUUCCCGGACCACAAGGAAUACCUGGACCCGUUGGGGCACCGGGAAGUCCUGGCCUUGUGGGUCCUGCUGGAGGUAUUGGUCUCCCUGGAAUUGUGGGAAAAGAUGGACUUCCUGGAAAGAUUGGCGAUGUUGGACCGAAAGGUGCGAAGGGUGAUAAGGGUUUGAGAGGAUUUAAGGGUCAUAGAGGCUUUGUUGGGCCACCUGGUAAAAUCGGAGAGCCAGGAGACAAAGGGAAUAUGGGACUGAGAGGGACAAUGGGCCCGGAGGGAGCGAAAGGAGACAUCGGAAAGGACGGAAUGAUAGGUAUGAAAGGAAAUGAUGGACCUCAGGGUGAAAAUGGCCCAAUUGGACCAAUGGGCCCGAAGGGAUCAGAAGGAGUGGCUGGUGCUAAAGGUGAAAUGGGACCUCCAGGACCUCCGGGUCCCCCUGGUCUGUCGCCAGAUCCGCCCCUAAUACCACCCGAAAUCCUGUUUCAACUCAAUGAAUCGCCGACCAAGGGCGAGGACAGGAUGAAAAGAGAUCUCGAAAUGAUAGACAAAUUCAUGCAUAUGGACGAUGAUGAGCUUAAUGAGUUCAUGGGGAUGACAACAAAGUCCCCAGCGAGAAAAUCUGGGUCUAGAAAAAAAGAGAUAGAUGAUUUGCGUGCCCAAUUCCUUGACAUGUACAGCUCAAUUCACGCAAUGCGACUCGAAUUGGAGAGAAUCCGGAAGCCCAUUGGGACAAAGGACAAUCCGAGUCGCUCUUGCAAGGAUCUAUACUACGGCCACCCCAACUUUCCUAACGGAUGGUACUGGAUUGAUCCGAACCUGGGGAUGAUUGAUGAUGCGAUCUAUGUCUUCUGCAACAUAACAGCCCAAGGUGAAACAUGUGUAUUUCCCGACGCUCACACCUCCCAGAUGCAGAACAUCCCGUGGCGACGGGAGAAUGACAAAACGGAUUGGUAUUCAAAUCUACGUGGUGGUUCUCAAAUUACGUACGAAACGACAGGAUUAGUGCAGAUGACUUUUUUGCGGCUCCUCUCUCAGGAGGGCGUUCAGAACUUCACCUACACAUGCAUCAACAGUGCUCCGUGGUACAAUGAGAAACUCCAAAAGUAUGACACAGCCAUUAAAUUCAUGGGUGAUAAUGAAGUGGAAGUAACGCAUGACAAUCCCAUCGUUUCCCCGAAUGUCCUCUAUGACGGAUGCAAGUCCGGCAAGAGCAACAGCGAAACUGUUUUCGAGGUGAGGACGAAAAAGCUCCACUAUUUGCCAAUUAUCGAUUUCUAUCCCGUCGACUAUGGCCUCCCAAAUCAGGCCUUUGGCUUCCACGUAGGUCCUGUUUGUUUCAAAUAAACACCCUGACGAGGAAGGAGAAUUUUGUAAAUUGUGCUCAAAAUCUGCUUAUUGGGAUUUCCCUCCCACCCUCGCGACCGGAUCGAUUUUCUUCACAAUUUGCUCCAAACUUUGCCAAUCCCUCGCUUUUUUCUGGGACACCACCCAAGCUUAGGAGAUUUACAAUAUUGCGCUCAUAAAGCCAAGGCGGAGAAUGUGAUGGGGGACAGAGGCAGGAGGAGGAAAUCAAUUUACCAUUUUCCACUCCGCCCGUCACUAUUUGAACAGCGAGAGAAAGACAUCACGGAGGGAAGAGACAAAUCCAACGUCCUCCCCAUCAUGGGCACAGGAUGAGUCGUACAAUUUGUUGGAUUUCUUAUGACAAUUUUGAAAGAAAUUUUACUGCCUUUUCGAAUCUCUUUACCACACAUAGUUUGAACUCCUGAAAAUAAGAGUUUGUAAGUUUUAAAAUAAAUCCUAAAUGACAUACCA